AUGGCAUUGGCUGCUGAGGAAGUGAUGUUGCUGGAAGAUAAUAAUUCUCUAAAUAUAAGAGACCUUGAUUCAAUUAUUAUUGAUUCUCAAAAAGAUGAUCAAAUAUUAGAGAUUGUGCUAGAGAAUGAGAAAAGUAAUCCUAUCAUCCAGGUAGUCCCAAUAGGUACUUUACCAUUUGACAUAAGCAAUUAUGUUCAAUUGGAUGUAGCCCCCAAAGACUUUAAUAUACUAGAGAGUAUAUAUAGGCCACCCAAUAAUUAUAAAUUUCCAAGAGAUCUUUCUAGAAGGAAAUUAAAAUUUCAAUUUAAUUGGUUUACCACUUGGCCUUGGUUGGCUUACUCACCUUCACAAAAUGGGGCUUAUUGUAAAUAUUGCGUUCUAUUUGGACCAAAAUAUGCUGGUAAAGGUGAACAAAAAUUAAAGCGACCUGUGAAUUGCCCAUAUAGACGUUGGAAAGAUGCAGGAGAGAAUUUUGAAAAUCAUCAAAACAAUUUAUACCAUAAAAAUACACAAAAUAUUAUAUCAACUCUUAGAGCAAUUGGUAAACCAUUAAAAAUUAUUAAAGAGACCCACAAAGGUACCAGUUUAAUUGGACAACCUUUUGGCUCCACCAUUCAAAACGAAAUCAUUGAUGUGUGUAAUGAUUUAAUAUUAAGAAAGGUAGUUGCCAACAUUAACAAGUCUCCAUUCUUUUCAGUCUUGGCAGAUGAAUCAACUGAUAUAUCUGGCAUAGAGCAAAUGUCCUUGUCUGCUCGAUAUUUAUAUUCUGAAAAUGAUGAAGUUCAAAUAAAAGAAGACUUUUUGCAAUUUAUUCCAAUUCAAGAUAUGAGAGGUGAAUGUCUUGCUGACACAAUUGAUGUUUAUCUUAAAAAAUUUAAAAUUAAUGUUAAUUUUAUGCGGGGACAAGGAUAUGAUGGUGCCCCUGCUAUGAGUGGACAUUUAAUUGGUGUUCUAUCACAUUUAAUAAAAAAAUAUCCUACUGCAAUUUAUGUAUAUUGUUCAUCGCAUUCCCUAAAUCUAGCCAUUUCUGAUUGUUGCUCAAUUCCCGUUAUUCGUAGUACCAUGGGCACAAUAGGCAAGGUAUAUGAAAUGUUCAAGUAUCCAAAAAGAUCUAAUGUCCUCAAAAAUAUUCUGGCAAAGGAAGAAUUUGGUAAUAAUCAUAAACUUGUGAAAAUGUGCCCUACAAGAUGGAUCCUACGACAUGAAUCGGUUGCAGUUUUUCUUGAAUUAGUUGAUCCGAUAAUUGUUGCAUUGGAGGAAAUAUGUGGAUGGACAGAUACAUCAGUGGUGGCAGAAGCCAAUGGAAUCUUGAAAGCGAUUCAAGAUCCUGAGUUUUUAUUGGCCAUUAAUUGCAUUAACACUCUCUUCUGUCACACAAUAUUAUUAUGCAGAGCCUUGCAAAGAGUGAACCAAGAUAUGGUUCAGGCAUUGAUCUUAGCUGAAGAUGCAUAUAAUGCUAUUUUACAGAUAUAA